CGUGAGCUCGUUCUCGCGCACCACGGAGUUAUCGGUUCGGUUACGAGCUUUACGGAGCAGAGACGCGUUGGGACGGGACACGAGAGAGACAGAGAUCAGAGAUUCAUUCACAGACAUCAGCGCUGAGAGAAAGAAGGGAAGAGAGUGAGACAGACGGAGAGCAAGAAAGAAAGACGAAGAAAGAAGAGACGAUAAUAAAGGACAGGGACCAGGAAUGGGACUGCUACGUGUUGCAGAUUUGGUGACGGGGCGGAGCAGUGAGGAGAAGGAGGCGGAACAUGUGUGUGUGGAGGUUGGGGAGUAUGAGUCUGCCGUUACCCGCGAGAAACAGGACGGGACACACACACACACACUCCUGAGUGACAACACACAGGACACACAACACAACCUCAAACUCAAUGUGGACAUAUCGGGGCAUCUGAAGUUAGAGACAGUUGAUGAUCUGUACAACAUCCUGCAGUUCAGACAGAAGAGGAAAGAGAGGAAGAGACAAAUACAUCAGAAACAACCUGAACCCGAGAUCCUGCCUGAAAUUGUGGAUGAAUCGACGUUUUUAACAGCUGUAGCAGAAAAUAAAUUGGCUGUGGUGGAGAAGUUUCUCUCUGAUGGUGGAGACCCAAACACUUCUGAUCAUUUUGAGCGCUCUGCUCUGCAUAAAGCGUGUUAUCGAGGUCACGUCGACGUCAUGAAGAAACUCCUCGAGGCCGGAGCGUCCAUAGAGAACAAAGACAAGUUGGAUGCGACAGCAGUACACUGGGCAUGUAGAGGAGGAAGUCUUCCUGCACUGGAGCUGCUGCUUAAUGAAGGAGGGAAACUGAACAGCAGAGACAAAUUACUCAGCACGCCGCUCCACGUGGCAGUUCGGACGGGUCACCUCGAGUGUGCAGAGCAUCUGAUCCACUGCGGAGCCGAUAUUAACGCUAGAGACAGAGAGGGAGACACACCAUUGCAUGACGCAGUGAGGAUCAACAGGUUCAAGAUGAUCAAACUGCUGCUGAUGUACGGCGCUAACAUCAAGGGCAAAAAUAACGAUGGAAAGACGCCGAUGGAGUGUCUGCUCUUGUGGCAAAGCGGCGCUAAAAACAUCCUGAGCGACUUUAAAGACGAGACGCAAUCUGUUACUGAGUGAAGAGAGAGAAGACAUUAACGUCGUCGUUAAAACAACGUUGAGAGGGAAAUGACGGCAGGGUUCAUUACAUCUGAUUCACUUUCAAUCGGACGCACAGUGAUGAUAAUUGUUGGCAAUUUCAUUGAUAUUAUUUCUAUGGAAAUUUCUAUGCGAACGUGUUUUUAAUGGAGGUGAAAUAUUAAUUUCCGAUAAUGGUCCGUGAGGGAGAGGAACAGGAAGUUGAUGGAUUUGGAAAAGCUCUUAAUGUGCUUUCUGGAUGUUUCUUGACUUGAUGACGGUGUUCGGCUGCACAGUGACGCUUUUUAUUUCACAACUAAAGCACUGAAAUGUUUAUACAAAUAUUUUAGAUUUUGGAUUGAAUGAUGUUGAAUAGUCUGUGAAUUUAAUUCUCCUGAUGUUUCUUUACUUUAUUUUGGUGUGUGUGUGUGUGUGUGUGUGUGUGUGUGUGUGUGUGUGGUGUCAGCAGUUAUCAUGUGUCUCGUCACUGUCAGUAUGAUGAUGAUGAUGAUGAUGAUGAUGAUCAGAAAGUGAUGACAGGUUUGAGGAUGUCGACUGAUUUACGAGCAGAUUUUCUAAAGGAAUGGUUGUGUUCUGAUAUCUUUGCUUAAUUUGUAUUUUUACUUUUCCUUUCAAUGUAAUUAUUCCAACUUGCUCGAUUCCAUUUUGAUUAAGUACUUUUGCUUCGUUUAUUUGUCGUACGUAUAUGAAUAAAAAAUUUUUUUGCUUGUUUUGCUUUGAAAUUGCAGAGUGGUCUUUCUUCUGUUAUUCGUUUCUAUUCAUUCAUAUUUGAAUCAUAUGUAGAUGUUCUAGGUUUAAAUUUUUUUUAUAUAAUUUCCAAUAUAAAAAGCUUUUUAGAGACCCUCUUAUGAUCACAGCACCGAUUUAUCAAUUUUAUCAUUUAUAAUCUCACCCGGAAGUUGUAAGAGCUGCUGCUGCAAUCAUAAAGGCUAUCCUGUUACUCAUCCCAGGACUCUUAUUCACAAUCUGCUCAUACUGAACAUCCUGUAAACACACUCGGUUCUGUUUCACUUGUAAUCGCGCUGUCCGGUAUCACCCAGAAGAGGAUGGGUUCACUUUUCAGUCUGGUGGCUCUCAAGGUUUCUUCCUCAUAUCAUCUCGUGUCGCUUUUCCUCACCACUCUUACCUCUGGCUUG